AUGAACACCCAAAUCCUUAAAACCAUAACCCGCCGCCCAAGAGGCACAAUAGCCCACCUAACAGUAUCCCGCCCAUCAAAAUUAAACGCACUAAACACCUCCCUCCUCCUCUCCCUCUCAUCCACCCUCAAAUUCAUAGAAUCGUCCAACAAAGACCUCCUCGCCGUGGUCCUCACAGGCGCUGGACCCAAAUCAUUCAUCGGCGGCGCCGACAUCGCCGAAAUGGCUUCUCUAGACUCACCUUUUGCAGCACGGGAAUUCAUUUCCAAGGUCUCGGAUGCGUGUAGUGCAGUCCGCAACUGUCCGGUUCCUGUCAUCGCGCGCGUGAAUGGGUACGCACUCGGUGCGGGAUUGGAGAUUGCGGCGUGUUGUGAUCUUAGGAUUGCGAGUCGGAAUGCGGUUUUUGGGAUGCCUGAGGUUCGGGUUGGAAUCCCUAGUGUUGUUGAGGCGGCGCUACUUCCUGGAUUGAUUGGAUGGGGCCGGACGAGACGGCUUCUUAUGCUUGGGGAGAAUAUUGGUGCUGAGGAGGCGCUGAACUGGGGUCUUGUGGAGAAGGUUGUUGAGACUGAGGAAUUGGAUGAUGCUGUUGAGGGGUGGUUGGGUCUGUUGGAGGGGAAUGGGCCUUUGGCUGUGCGUAAGCAGAAGGCUUUGAUGAGGAUCUGGGAGGAUUCGUCGCUGGAUCAGGCUAUUCGGGCCGGUGUUGAUGCUUUUGGGGAGUCUUUUGUUACAGAUGCGCAAGGGGAGACGGAGCCGAAGAGGAUGAUGGGCGCCUUUCUCAAGGGGAAGGGGAAGAGGUCUUGA